AUUAUAGCAAUGAAACUAUCAGAGGAGAAAAGGAUAGCACUGCAGUCUAGGCAAGAUUUCUUCUGAUAUUAGUGGUGCAGCAGGUUUUGUAGACCCCGAAAGGAAGCUGUCAUCAAGCCUAAUGGACCACCUCAUAGUGUAGGAUAUUACAUGGUUUUGAGCGACUGAGAGGAAGAGAGCCGAGAAGAGAAGCUGACUUCUGUGAAGGUGAAAACAGAUAAGCCAAAAGGUGACUUCUUGGUGGUUUUAUCUAUUUGACAAGAAAAUCUUAAUCUCUUUGCUUGUCAAGCAACCAAUACCUAUAUGCUAAUGCAAGAAAAGAGAGAAAUCCAAGAAAGUUUUUUAGAGGUUCUGAGCUAGAUUUUUGGGAAAUGGAAGAUUGAUUUGCCUUUUUAUCCUUUUUAUUGUUUUUACUUCUUCUCACCCCAGGAGAGUAUGUGUGUGUUUGUGCUUCAAUUUUCAAGUUCUUUCCCUCUCCUUCCUUUCUCUCUGCCAUCAUUAUUAGCUAAUUACCAUCAUCAUAACUUCCAAGUUUUGAAGAAAUGAAGGGAAGAUUGUGUUGCUUUACAUUACUAAUAUUACAAAUGGUGAGCUGGGUUUCUGCUACCAGCAGGCCUUUUGUACCUAGUGAUGCUCUUGCUGCAGCUGCUCAUCAACCAGGUCAGAGUCCACUCAACUCAGACACAAAGAUGAACUCGAAAGAGGGCAUGAAGAUCAUAAAUGAAGAAGAAGCAUAUUCCAAAAUAGGGUCAACUCCACCAAAUUGCGAACACAAGUGUUAUGGGUGCAUUCCAUGUGAGGCCAUUCAAGUUCCCACCACCAGCAAACACAAAAAGAGCCAUUUGGGUAUUCAGUAUGCAAAUUAUGAACCUGAAGGUUGGAAAUGCAAGUGUGGCCCUUCUUUUUAUAGCCCUUAGGCUUUGCCAUAACAUAUAAUAUUUUGCUCUAACUGUAAUUGUCAUCUUUUUGAACAAAUACUCAACUUUGCAAUGAAUUACUCUUUGAUUUU